UUCGUGAUUUAUUUCAAUAUACCAAGCACAGCUUCCUUCAGGAAACUAAGAACUUUACUUUUCAUUUCGGAAAUUAAAGGGAAGUUUGUUAACUUUUAAAUCGGACUAAGAAGCUGCUUUGUUUAAAAAGUGAGAGUAUGCUCGAAAUGGCCUCGGAUAAUGAGAAUUUGGAGUUGACAGAAGGCGAACAUCGACUAAUAAUGAAAUAUGACAGUUGUCACUUUGGAUUUUUGAAGCUUGAUAAACCAGAUGAAGCACAAACUAAACUGCUGUUAGAAAAGGGCGUGAAGUUCUACGAGUACGUGAUCAAGGCUGCAGUGAGGCAGGCCAAGAGAGACAAGUCAGGCCAGCCAGCCAUUGAGUCAGCCAUCUUCUGUAGACUGGGUCACCUACUGCUACUUCUGGAACAGUAUGAAAAAGCCCUGUCAGCCUAUCAGAAGUACUACCAUCUAGAAGAGAACCACUGGAAGAAUGCCCCGUUCCUGUAUGGACUUGGAUUCGUGUACUUCCAUUUCAAUGCCUACCAACUGGCGACUCGUGCAUUCCAGCAGGUGUUGUACACUGAGCCAGGAUUCCAGCGCGCCAACGAAAUCCAUAUACGCCUGGGUUUCAUCUUCAAGAUUGGCAAAGACUUCGACAAAAGCCUCAAGCACUUCCGUAACGCGUUGUCGGACUGUAAUCCCUGCUCACUGACAAAAGCUCAAAUCAAGCUGCAUAUAGCCCAUCUGUAUGAAGUUCAGGGCCAGUACAGGCAAGCCAAGGAGGCUUAUGAGCAGUUCAUAGCAUCUGAGGACGGUAGUGAGGACCUGUACAAGGCCACCGCACACAAACAGCUUGGUUGGCUGUACCACACUGUAGACUGUCUGGGAGAGAAGACUGUCAGGGAGGAGCUUGCUUUACAGCACCUCAAGGAGUCUCUCAACUACGAUAAGUCGAACGGUCAGACCUGGUACCUCCUGGGCAGGUGUUAUUCGAGCCUUGGUAAAGUGCAUGAUGCGUUUGUCUCGUACCGGAAAUCCAUUGACAAGUCGGAGGCCAGCGCCGACACCUGGUGUUCAAUAGGGGUUCUGUACCAGCAGCAGAGUCAGCCUAUGGACGCUCUGCAGGCGUACAUCUGUGCUGUGCAGCUCGACAAGUCUCACUCUGCCGCCUGGACCGAUCUGGGACUCCUAUAUGAAACCUGCAGCCAACCUAAGGACGCUCUCACCUGCUACAUCAACGCUACAAAAACUGCCAAAGGAGGAAUAGUCAGCCCUUCACUAGGUGGAAAGAUCAAAUUUCUUCAGCAGCACCUGUCCAAGGUGAUGCAACAUCUCCAAAGCAAGCCCAGGACUCUGCCAAGCCUGGAGGAAGCCUGGGCCCUGCCUAUCCCCGCAGAGCUUACGUCCCGUCAAGGCUCUGGUACCCCUCACACGGUACAGAAGUCCCCCAUAGUGCCACAGUCUGGGGGAGCCAGUCCAGCACCCGGCCAGCAGGCCUUUGGAGCCCAAAGCUCACUAAUUGACGACAAGAAAAAGAAAAUGCAGGCAAGAAAACGGCCCUCAUCUGAGAUGGAGCAGUCCAGUUCACCCACUGCCCAGUCUGCCGCCCCUCAACUGAUCUCCAGUCAGCAGCUACAACUGCUGCACCAGCUUAGACAGAACGAGCCAAACCUGGAUGCCCAGGGGAGACAAAUCUUGCAGGACCUACAACGCCAGCUGUUUCUACAACAGCAACACGACAAGCUCAGUAUACUCAAUCAGCAGAGUCAUCAAGGCCAGACCUCAGGGACCAGCUCACAGUCCGGCCUGUACGGUGCCCGCCCCUCCAAUGGAUCUCAGUCCCAGCCCUUUACCACGCCGGGAACCAGCGCAUCCGAAACCAGCAGGGGCCAGGACCCCUACCCUCAGGGACAUCCUUCAUCACUAGAUAGGUUCUCACAGCUCCCUACCACAGGUAGCCCUUUAAAAGGGCCACAGCUGCCGCCUGGGUAUUCUAGCCAUCCGGGCAACAUUCCAUAUGGGGCACUGUCUCAGGGCCCGCAUCUGGAACACAGCAGUGCUAGUGCAGUGAACGAGAAAGACAUCACUCAGUUUGCCCAGGAUCUGUUGGAACAGUUCGGAAACCACUCUCGCUCUGUGGAGUUGACUACUCGAGGAGACGGGAAAUCUAGUCACGGUGAUAUAAGACUCGGGGAGGUGGGGGGUGUGUGCGGUGGGUUACAUUCCAGUAAUUCUCAGGAUAUAAGGCUCGGCGGUGCGAGCGUUGAGAAGAUACUCAAGCUUGACAGUGAGAUGUUGAAGUUUGAGGCCGAGGGAUCCAAACAUGGCGCACUGCCCCGUCUGAACAUCCACAUGUCUGGGGAGCAGAUCAUAGAAACCUGCAGGGGAUACGGGAAGAGUGGUCUACAGACUGGUAUCCUAGGUGACCGGCCCCCACCUCGCCCGCCCAGCCCCCCACAACCCCCUCUGCCAAAGGACCGCCUGAACCCCCCAACACCCAGUGUAUAUUUGGAGCUGAAGAAGGAUGCCAGUUCCCCGGAGCUCCAGCAGUAUUGCCAGUCCCAACCUGUUGUGGUCAUACGUGGCAUGGCCAGCGCACUCAAACUUGAUCUCGGCCUGUUCUCCACCAAGAGCUUGGUGGAGGCCAAUGCAGACCACCCUGUGGAGGUGAGGACACAGAAGAUGCAGGCUCCAGACGAGAACAGGGACCAGUACGGUAACAAGGUGUGGCAGUGUGAGAGUUCACGUAACCGCACCACGAUAGCCCGGUAUGCCCAGUACCAGGCCGCCAGUUUCCAGGAGUCUCUCAAGGAGGAGCAUGAGAAGGCCAAGGGCAUCUUUAAGGAGUCGGACAGUGACUCCAACUCAUCCAUUACUUCAAGGCGCAAGAAGGCUAAGAUGAUCAAGUUUGGCACAAAUGUGGACCUAUCUGACCCCAAGAAGUGGUAUCAGCAGCUGCAGGAGAUUGCCAAGUUGCCAGCGUUCUGUCGCCUGGUGUCCGGCAGCAACAUGCUGAGUCACCUUGGCCACACCAUACUGGGCAUGAACACCCUGCAGCUCUAUAUGAAGGUGCCAGGCUCUAGGACACCAGGCCACCAAGAGAACAACAACUUCUGUUCUAUCAACAUCAACAUCGGCCCUGGGGACACGGAGUGGUUUGCAGUGCCAGAGCAGUACUGGGGUGUGAUCUGUAACAUGUGUGAGAGGAACAACGUGGACUAUGCGUCUGGUUCUUGGUGGCCCAUACUGGAGGACCUGUAUGAUGAGAAUGUGCCCGUGUAUCGCUUCAUACAGAAGCCCGGGGACCUGGUCUGGGUUGGGCCGGGGUGUGUCCACUGGGUGCAGGCUAUUGGCUGGUGUAACAACAUUGCCUGGAACGUGGGCCCCAUGACAACACGGCAGCUACAGAUGGGACUGGAACGAUACGAGUUCAACAAACUCCAGAACUACAAGUCCAUUGUGCCCAUGCUGCACCUCGUGUGGAAUAUCGCAAAGAAUGUGAAAAUUACUGACCAGAAACUGUUCGACUUACUCAAGUCCACCCUGAUGUCCUCUCUACGUAACAUCCAGUUUACAAUGGACUUUGUGACCGACAUGGGACUGGACAUCAAAUGGCACGGCAGGGUAGAGGGAGAGGCUGCACACUACUGUAACGUGUGUGAGGUGGAGGUGUUUAACAUCCUCUUCGUGAAGGAACAGGAUAGCAAGUUUGUGGUGCACUGCCAGGGCUGCAGUGUGAAGAUGCAGCCCAAACUGGAGGGCUUUGUAGUCCUCAACCAGCACCGACUGGAAGAUCUCAUUGCCAUCUAUAACAGCUUCACUAUGCAGCUACCUGCCAGGCAGAUCAACACUUACUAGGUACGGGAACCACUUGCUAGAUUACACAGCAGGGAUUCAUCACUCACAGACUGUACAGCCAGCCAUCAGGACCUCUCAUAUCUCAUCAUCACGUAUUUAUAAGACAUCAUUGUCAUCAUCAUUUCAUUAACUCAUGUGAGCCUUGUUCUGGGAAUACUGGGCUUAAUGCAUGGGCUUAACCCUUAACCACUUAAAUUCACAUUUUGAAGCAUUUGUAGUCCCUUAGAAAGUAACAGUUUGUUAAAUACCUUUCUUACUAGAUUCAAGUUUUACAGGCUUCAUUUCAAACCCUUAGUUACUGAUGAGCAGCAAACAGCAUAAAACCUGAACAGACUGCGAGUUACUCACUGGCUGUUCUGGUUUUUUGCUGGUUGCAAAAGCCAUUUUCACUUUGCUUCUUAUGGGUGAAAGGGCUAAAGUGUAGUCCCAGAUUAAUCUGGCAUGACACUUUUCGCUUAACUGGAUUUGUGUUUAGGGCAGAUUUCCAUAAAAACAGAAAGUAUUGUACUGGGUUAGCCUGUGCGGAUAGUACAGGCUUAUCUGGGACGACACUUAACGCAAUGCAAUAAGCCAGGUUUUCCCAGAAAGAGGCUCUAUUUAUAAGACAUUGUCAUCAUCAAAUCAUUAAGAAGCAGAUUCAGUGUAAGUGAUGGUACCAAAGUGUGACUUCUUUCUGCUGCGUAUCACAGGGCAGUUGUCCUGGAAACUGUGACAUAUUUGUAUGACUGUUGGUGUCAAAUGUGUCGCCAUUUGUUAUCAUUCGUAUUGAUGUUAUUUUUUGCAAAUAAUUAUGUGUUUGUUUUUCAUUGUUUAUGUCUCUUUUCUCCAUUCUGUAUUAACUAUGGAUACAUUAGUUAUUGUGUUUAAUAUUGAUAACCCUUUACCACUCAGGUACACACUCUGACGCGUAUUUAGUCCCUUAAAAAUCAAUUAAAGAUAAAGACCUUUCCUACUAGAUUCAAGUUUUUAAAUUCAUUUCCAACUCUUCGAUACUUUGAGCAGCAAAGAGCAUAUCACAUGAACAGCCUUCGAGCUACUUGUAGACUGUUUUAGUUUUAUGAUUGUUUUACACUAGCCACAAUAGUUUUACACAAAAGCUAUUUACACAAAAGCUAUUUACACAAAAGCUAUUUACACAAAAGCUAUUUACACUUUGCUUCUGAGUGUUAAAGGGUUAAAAUAGCUCUCUGCUAAUUUUAUAUUGCCACUAAAAUUCAAUCACAUUGUUUUAAACAAGUCGUUUGUUUCAUUAUUGUCUUUGCAAACUUUUCUCACAGUCUUAUUUAUUUAUGUUUCACUUUAAGCAUAAACGCAUAAUAUAUUUUUCAAUUAUUUGUUUAGAAACACUAUAUAGACUUUAAAGAGGUAAUAAAGAACGAAUGACGUAAAAUGGAAAAUGUUUGUAUGAAGUUUUUGUUCCUGACUGUAUUUAAAAUACAGGGUCAUGUGUGAAACUUGUGUGAAGAUUGUGUUUAAUUAAGUCUGUCUUUAAGAAAACAGGGUUUAAUGCAUGUGUGUAAAGUGAUGUCCCAGAUAAGCCUGCGCAGUCCGCUUUAAUGGAAAAUCAUUAAAAGAAAUACUCUUUAAAUGAGAAUCCAGUCAAAGCAAAAAGGGUCGUCCCAUAUCAAGCCUGUGCUGACUUCGCAGGCUAAUCUAUACAACACUUUUCCCACAUUAAUGAAGCAUGUUUUUUCCCGAGUGGGCUCAUUUAGAUUUUUAACUUAUGGAACUUAACCCAUUUAUGCCAAGUGGACUCUCCUAUCCUUCUAAAUUGGAUCAAUUUAUUUCCAAAAUUAGGGAUGUCUAGUAUAUUUAUUUCUAUUAUUAGAAUAUUUCUUACAGAAAUUCCUUUAAGCAAACAGCGCAGACCCUGAUGAGACGCCGCAUCAUGCGGCGUCUCAUCUGGGUCUUCGCUGUUUGCCAAGGCCUUUUUUCUAGACACUAACCAUAAAUGGGUUAAAACAUCUUUAUGGUUUAUCUUGCAAUUCACAACUUGACAAUAUUGUUAAUGUAUUUUUUGAUGACCAAAAUACAAUAGGGUAUCUGAUAUUAUUUCUUAAUUAAAAUGUACUUACAUGUUUAGAUGGAAUUUUAAAAAUUUGAAGCACGCAUUAGUAUAAAAGUACCUUCUUUUGUGGUUUUGUUCAUUUCAGAUAACAUCUUUAUUGUCCGCUUGAAUACUAGUGAGACAUUAAUAUUUAUUACAAAACAUUAUUCAUUU